AUGCCCUGGAAGGCCGGAGAGGAGCACCUGGCCGAUGGCAUAAAGAUAUGGGCCAAAAAUCUUUUUGACGAGUUCGCGAUCGACUACGAUAGCAAGGAGGGCAUCGAUGCUACACUCGUUGCGAUGUCCUACGUCCAUACAUCAGUCGCUCCUACAGGACAGUUCUCUCAGGCGCACACGACCACCGACCCAACCCGAAGGGCCUAUUAUGCUCGCGCACAUAAAUUUACGCAUAAUAUCGACAGUUUUCUGGAGCAUUCCACCGCUCGUGGAACCAAGCCUGUUAUACUUUCCAUCGGCCUAGAUGGGUUCGCAUGCAAGGCAACCCUAAUCCUACCGUGGCUACAACGCUCACCGCCAUUUACACUCAUUAUUCGCGAAAACACCCUAGCGUAUGGUAUGGAUGCAGCAUACUUCCCUCAGUACCCUUCGGGUUUGUACUAUGGCUUCUUCGAGUCUCAAGAGUUAGUCCAGGCGCUGUCCACGGACAAGGCGGUAGGCGACGCCGUCAAGAACCUUUUGGGGGCCUGGAAGGCCUGUCAAGAUUGGAAAGACGGGUCUCCUGCACACAAUGGUCGUCUGAUCGGGCGUAACGGCGAUCACAAACGUGUGCCCAAGAAGGCAAAACGAGGCCCAAUCACAACCGGCUCUCGCGGUAACUAG